CAUUUCCAUUGCGCUCACUCUCUAUUCACCACAAAACUAGCUAAUAGAGAGUUAACCCAAAGACCAAACCCUUCUUCUACAGAUCUUCAGAUCUACUCCCAUGGCGCUCUCCGUCGAGAAAACCUCCUCCGGCAGGGAGUACAAGGUCAAGGAUCUCUCCCAGGCCGACUUCGGCCGCCUCGAGAUCGAACUCGCCGAGGUUGAAAUGCCCGGUCUCAUGUCCUGCCGCACCGAGUUCGGCCCUUCCCAGCCCUUUAAGGGCGCCAGGAUCACCGGCUCCCUCCACAUGACCAUCCAGACCGCCGUCCUCAUCGAGACCCUCACCGCCCUCGGCGCCGAGGUCCGCUGGUGCUCCUGCAACAUCUUCUCCACCCAGGACCACGCCGCCGCCGCCAUCGCCCGCGACUCCGCCGCCGUCUUCGCCUGGAAGGGCGAGACCCUCCAGGAGUACUGGUGGUGCACCGAGCGCGCCCUCGACUGGGGCCCCGGCGGUGGGCCCGACCUUAUUGUCGACGACGGUGGCGACGCCACACUUUUGAUCCAUGAAGGUGUCAAGGCCGAGGAGAUCUACGAGAAGACUGGCAAGCUCCCUGAUCCGGCCUCCACCGACAAUGCCGAGUUCCAGAUAGUGUUGACGAUUAUCAGAGACGGUUUGAAGACCGAUCCCAAGAGGUACCACAAGAUGAAGGAGAGACUCGUCGGAGUUUCCGAGGAGACCACCACAGGUGUCAAGAGGCUUUACCAAAUGCAGAUCAAUGGAACGUUGUUGUUCCCGGCCAUCAAUGUCAACGACUCUGUUACAAAGAGCAAGUUUGACAACUUGUACGGGUGCCGUCACUCUCUCCCGGAUGGUCUGAUGAGGGCCACCGAUGUCAUGAUUGCCGGAAAGGUCGCUGUCGUCUGCGGAUAUGGAGAUGUCGGCAAGGGCUGUGCUGCUGCCCUCAAGCAGGCUGGAGCUCGUGUGAUCGUCACUGAGAUUGAUCCCAUCUGUGCCCUCCAGGCUCUCAUGGAAGGUAUCCCGCUCUUGACCCUCGAGGACGUUGUCUCCGAGGCUGAUAUCUUUGUUACCACCACCGGUAACAAGGACAUCAUCAUGGUUGACCACAUGAGGAAGAUGAAGAACAACGCCAUUGUGUGCAACAUUGGUCACUUCGACAAUGAGAUUGACAUGCUCGGGCUGGAGACUUACCCCGGUGUCAAACGCAUCACCAUCAAGCCCCAAACUGACAGGUGGGUCUUCCCUGAGACCAACACCGGAAUCAUCAUCUUGGCUGAGGGUCGUCUCAUGAACUUGGGUUGUGCCACCGGACACCCCAGCUUUGUGAUGUCCUGCUCUUUCACCAACCAAGUGAUUGCCCAGCUCGAGCUGUGGAAUGAGAGGACAACCGGAAAGUACGAGAAGAAGGUCUACGUCUUGCCGAAGCACCUCGAUGAAAAGGUAGCCGCUCUUCACCUCAGCAAGCUUGGGGCUAAGCUCACCAAGCUAACAAAGGAACAGGCGGACUACAUCAGCGUUCCAGUUGAGGGUCCAUACAAGCCCGCUCACUACAGGUACUGAUGAAGAGGAGGGUCAACCGGUUGAGAGAGAACGAGGAAAAAAAAUGCAGCGGAUUGUUGAAGUUUUACAUUUUCUGAUAUGAUGAUAUUUGUUAGUAGGUUUCGAUUUUUCUAGGGGUUCUUGUGUUGGUGGUGGUUGUGGGUGGUUUCUGGAAUGAAAAGGAAUGAUUGGGUCUCUGAUGAAGACCAUGGGUUUCAGCUUUAAUAAGGAUGGACUGGGUUGUGUGGGAUUAUUGUAACUUCUGCGGUAUAAGUUUUGCUGAGUUUUCUUGAUGUCGUAUUAGCAGAAAAGAAACGGAAAAUUAUUAUCAUGUUGUUUCAA